AUGUCAAAUCUUCGCUCACGAAUUAGCAGCUCCAUUAUUGAUCAGAAAACAUUGAUUUCGACGGAGGAUGAAGUGACCAACGAGUUGGAACACAUUUUUCUCUACUUGUCAAAUUUUAAACCAUUGGAAGAGGAGAAUUCUGAUGGAGAAAUUGUUAUUCGAAAUCAGACGAAUGAUUCCAAUGACCAGGAAGAUGAACUGGAUUCGAAUGUUGAUGAUGAUGAUGAAUUUUUAUAUUAUAGAAGUGAAAUUGUUGAUCAAAUGUCUGAAAUAUUCGAAAGGAGAAGAAGCAAUUCUUCAUCUUUCGUAUUAGUUUACAAUAAUGUUCAUUAUUUGAACGAACCAGUUGUAUUUGGUAAUAUUCUAGAUUAUUAUUUCAAACCAAACGAUUCAGAUUUUAAUCCAAAGAAAGCAGGCGGAACUUCUUCCACUUUCUUACACUUUCUAACAUUGAGAGAGGUCUGUAAAUCUUGGAAGAAAUACAUAGACGAAAGGUAUGGCAGAAGCUUCAUUCUCUCCAUUUUCCAAGACAGAAUUCAAUAUCAAGAUUGUAAACCAAAUAUGGAUUUGUGUUUGUUUCGUCUAUGUGGUCUACCUUUCUCCCUAGCUCUCAUUCCAGCAGUUAUGGCUUUCGAAUAUUCAAAAGAUGAAUGCACACAAGCAAUUUCUAUGUGGCUCUCCUUUCGUCUAACUUGGAUGAUCGUGAGUGGCUAUCCAGUUUUAGUUCCAGCUAUUUGUUGUGCAACUUUGGUUGAUUUGGCCAUUGAAAAGAUGCGUGAAAGAAGUUUCUUCCAAAGAUUAGAAAGCAGAUACGAAACUAUGGAACACAGUGUCAUGAGUGAAAUUACGUAUUUUGAAAAGUGUGAGAUUGUUGCAACCAUUCAAGAUUCCUCAAAAACAUUUAACAAACAUUCAUGUUUCUAUAUCAUUGAGGUUACGCUUAAUGUGAAUGGAAAGUUGUUGGGCUUUCGAAUACAGAAAAAGUAUACUCAAUUCAAAAUAUUGUUCGAUAUCAUGUGUAAAUGUGUUGAUAAUAAUAAUAAUAGGGAUGGAACUUUAGAGGUCAAUUCGAAUGAGAGAAUUGAAUUUCCACUCAAGAGAUGGUCUCUAUUUACGAAUCCAGACGAAAUCAUUGAAGAAAGAAAGCAUGUUUUCCAGAAAAUGUUGAAUCUCAUUGUUGAGCAUUCGAAUAUUUUCCACAACUCUGAAAUUUACACAUUCUUUUACGAUAGAAAAAAUCAACAAGUUUUGUUGGGAAAUUGUGCUAGAGAAAGUGGUGAAGAGGAGGGCUUUCUUCUAGUUGAUAAUGAAUAG